GUCUCGUUUUUUUGGGCGGGUGCUUCCGACUUCACGUACAGGCGUCUCUUCUUCACGCGCAGUUAGAGCACCGAGGAGGAGGAGGAGGGAAACAGAAAAUGGCGGACGGUGUUGACCAUAUCGAUAUUUACGCUGAUGUAGAAGAGGAAUUUAAUCAGGAAUCAGAUUAUCCUGUUCAUGAGCAGAUUGACCUGUAUGAUGAUGUCAUCUCGCCAUCUGCCAACAACGGGGACGCACCCGAGGACCGAGAUUACCUGGAUAACCUGCCUGCACCCGGAGGCAAUGAGGGCUCCAAAGGAGCUCCACCGAACGUCGUCUACACCUACACUGGCAAAAGAAUCGCUCUGUACAUCGGCAACCUCACAUGGUGGACCACUGAUGAAGAUUUGACAGAUGCUAUUCGCUCCAUAGGCAUCAAUGAUGUGCUGGAGAUAAAGUUUUUUGAGAAUAGAGCAAAUGGGCAGUCAAAAGGGUUUGCGCUGGUGUGCGUGGGUUCAGAUUCCUCGUCCAGGAAGCUGAUGGAUCUGCUGUCUAAACGGGAGCUGCACGGACAAAACCCUAUCGUCACUCCUUGCAACAAACAGUCGCUCAGCCAGUUUGAGAUGCAGUCCCGAAAAAGCACACAGUCAGGGCAGAUGUCAGGAGAGGGGAAGGCUGGGCCUCCAGGAGGAGGUCGCAGUGGCUUCCCUCUCGGCAGGGGUCGAGGGCGCUUUCCAGGCCAACCUGGACCAGGCGGAGACCGCUUCCCUGGACCAGUCGGACCUGGUGGACCUCCACCACACUUUCCAGGUAUGCAAGGACCACCUCGUCCUCCAUCUGGCCCACCUGGGCCUCCAGGACCCCCUGGCCCCCCUCCACCUGGACAAGGUCUGCCACCGCCUCUUGGCGGACCUCCUCACAGAGGAGACCGCCCUCCUCCACCCGUCCUUUUUCCUGGUCAGUUUGGUCAACCUCCAAUGGGUCCGAUGCCUCCUGGCCCGCCCCCACCAGGAUACGGGCCUCCCCCAGGCCCCCCUCCACCUCAGCAAGGUCCGCCCCCUCCAGGACCCUUCCCUCCCCGCCCACCUGGUCCUUUAGGACCACCGCUUGGCCUCGCACCUCCACCUCACAUGCAGGGACCCCCACCUGGAGGUCCACCACCGGCUCCUCACGUCAACCCAGCCUUUUUCCCUCCACCUGGAAACAACAACAUGCCAUCGUCCGACGGCAGGGGCCCUCCACCCGGCGACCCCUACGGCCGCCCUCCUCCUUAUGACAGAGACUACGGCCCUGGCGGCAGUAACUUCAGACCCCCUCUAAUAUGUGGCUUUGAGCCCUGGAUAAACGAGGGGUUGGUUGAUGUGAAAAACUCUGGCCAGCACUUGCACAAUACAAGUGAUCAAGGGGACAUGGAUGCGUCUCGCACUCCUCUGAGCGAAGCAGAGUUUGAGGAGAUCAUGAAUCGUAACCGAGCAAUCUCCAGCAGUGCUAUCUCAAGGGCUGUGUCGGAUGCGAGCGCAGCGGAUUACGGCAGCGCUAUUGAGACACUGGUGACGGCCAUCUCUCUGAUCAAGCAGUCGAAGGUUUCCGCUGAUGACCGCUGUAAGGUUCUCAUCAGCUCCCUGCAGGAUUGCUUACAUGGAAUUGAAUCCAAAUCCUAUGGCUCUGUGUCGAGCAGGCGGGAAAGGUCCAGGGAGAGGGACCACAGUCGCUCUCGUGAGAAGAACCGUCGGCACAAGUCUCGCAGCCGAGAUCGGCACGAGGACUAUUACCGGGAACGUAGCCGCGAGAGAGAUCGCCAUCGCGAGCGAGACCGUGACAGAGAGAGAGACAGAGAACGUGAGAGGGAAUAUCGCCACCGUUAGAAGAAGCAUGAUCUGAGCACUCUUGAUCCUUUAAAUUUGUGUACCUGGUCUUGAAGCCAAUUACCGUGUAAUAUCAGCUCCAGCAACUAUAAAUUGUCCGCCAUUGUUAUAGAAAAAAGCAAUUGUUGCAACCAAUCCAAAGGAUUUUGUGUAUUGACAUGUUUUUUAAAAAAAAACAGAAUUAUUUUUAUAAGUUACUGCACUUUAGUCUUUGUCUAUUUUAGCUUAUUGAGAUUUGCUGCAAGUUAUAAGACUAUGCCAAUUUUGUUUAUGUAAUUGGUAUCUUCAUAUGAGGUCAAACAGAAAGCUUUUACUUAAUAGAUUUAUUGUUUGCCAAAAAAUUGAAAUUCAGGAUGUAUUGCAUGUCUUGAGGGUUGCAAUUAUGACAAAUUCCACAUGUAAUCAUAAAUGUGUUGAAAAAUUGGAAAAAUUGGUUGCAGUUGGAUGAGAGAAAAUGAAUGUUUGUAUCCCACAUUGAAACAUUUACUGAUUUCAGUGAACGAGCAAAAUCAUGUUUCUCAGGUUGUGCAUUGACAUUCCUGUAGGCAGAUUUGAUAUUGACAUAAUGGUUUUUCUAGUGUUUAGUUCCUCAUUGAACUGAAUGUUGUGAAAAACAAAUGAAUGGAUUCAAAUUGACUUAUGAAAUUUGCUGUAGACUUAUGUCAGGUUGAGUUGUGCAUGGUGUAGGCCAUAUCAAAUUUUUUCAUGUUGUGCCUUAUGACUAAAGUAUUUAGUCUUUAACAUAUGUACAGUAUAAUUUAAGAAAAAGCAUUCUGAAUGUCUUCUGUCAGAGCAAGUUAAAUGUCUUUUACUGUAAAGGUUAUUUCGGACGUCACUUUGUGCAUCCUACUAGUAUUUCUGCAAGGUUUAAAUUCAUAUUUGCAGGUUUUUAGUAGAAACUUUUUUCCAUCUUAUAAGUUCAUUUCUUAUCUGAAUUUGACAUUUUCUCGGUUGACACAUCAAUUCAUUAUUAAUUUAUUUUCCAUGUUUGUUAAUGUUACAUCCUCUUAGAUAUUUCAGAUGUAGCAGUUCUUCACCAUUUACACUUAACUAACUUCAAACAUUUGUUGCUUUAACUGUAAAACAAAACUACAGAUCUGCGAUGUCAGAAUGGAGCCCUACUGGGCAAAUAAAACAGUAUGCAUUUCAUAUUAAUAUAUCUCCUUCGGUGCAUUUAUGAAUGGAGAAGAACUGCUAUAUUGCUUUUCCAAAGUGAACUUUUUUUGUUUGUUUGUUUCCUUAUUGGUAAACAUAUUCAUGUUUGUAAUGAUUUAAGUCUCUAUGACUGCUUUCAUUUAAUAUGCAACAGGUAUUAAAUACAUUUUCACAGUCAGUAUUUACAUUUAUGGAGCAUGUCCUCGUUCAAUCCCUGUUGGUCUUAGUUAAGAUUUCUGACUGAGACGCAUUACUGUCACCUGUCUCACUUGUGGCCUGUUGCUUCGUAGCUCUGCUGUCUGACUGUUUCCUAUAGGCUAAAUUUGUUCUGUAUGUAAAUCCUGAGGACACCAUUAUAUCAUGUGUGAUCCAUUGUGAGUGACCUCACAUAAAUUUGAUUUUUAGAUGCAUAGACCCUAUCAUAUCUGUCCAUAGACAAGAUUAUGAAAUUAAAACUGCAACAGAAGUCAACUCAUUUUUAGAUUGCAAUCAUUGUAAAUGUAUAAACUUAAGCAUAACAACAUUGUCUGUUUUGUUUUAUGUAAUUUUGGCAAGAAAACUUCCAAAUUGUUGUUCUGGCCUCCUAGCCAAAAAAAAGUUCUGAAAUUGCAAAUUAACAAUCAGGUGCUUGUUUGCUUUUGUUGUUUUUUUUGUUUGUUUUUUUUUCUCUGUAUUAACUUUUAAACUUUAAUGUACAAUCUAUAAUUGCAGCAACACUAAUCAGGGAAUGACUAUUGGUUGGUUCCACUGCCAUUAGCUGCAGGAAUUACCUUGCACUUUUAAUACAUGCUGUUUCUCUUAUGCCGGAUUCGGACUAGACAAUAUUAGCCAGAUUUUUGGCUCGAUCCGUUUGGUGUAGGGUGUCGUGGUGGUUCAUUAACUGCAAUGGCCAUGGAGCCAAAAAAAAAACCGAUCAUUUUAUCUUAUAUAGUGUGCCAUAGUGGACAACAACCGAUACCGCAUCUGUGACGCUACACAAUGUCUCAACAGAAAGACUAGGACUACCAGGACAGAGUGAGAAAAGAUAAAUGCUUGUGAAUGAUAGCAGAGGCACUUCAGCAACCCCAUGAGUACUGGAAUUUAGGGUUGGGCUAAUAGACGAUGCCAUAGUCCAUCGCCCAUGGCUGACAGACAUCAUGAUGUUGAGCCAGCAUCAUGAUUCCUCCCUUCCUUUCAAUUUCUGCGUAGCUACUACUGAAUAGGUAAUAACAUAAUGUUGUUCCUGAAUCAUAAUACAAAUUACUUUCAAAACAAUUCAAGGAACACAAUUUAAACAGUAAAGAUUUUAAUUUGCAAAGCGAAUUAGACUAAUAUAUGUUUUACAUGAACUAAACCACUGAUAUUCAAAUGGUGGAUGCGGACCACAAGACAGUACGGUAGCACCAUUUUUACUGUUUCUAGUUUAAGUGAGCAGAGCGUGAAUACUCUCAGGAUCCUUUGUGGUAAUAUUUCAGCGUUAUAUCCUCUAGUAGUUUUAUCCAAUGCCAAACACGCUUCAUUCAAGCCCUUUUAGCUCCGUGUGCGUUCUUUCUCCAGACACGCACCACAUUAACGGUGCAUGUCCACUGGCGCAGAGCGAGCGUUUUUAAUGCAUUCCAAUGGAAGUUGCCAUUGUCAUUGUCCAUCUGUUUCACUGUAGACAUUAAUUGAUGCCUUAAGAUAAUGUGCUGCCUUUGUAGCCAUUAUUUACGCUCAUGUUUCUGGAAGUUAUUCAAUAAUUCCGCCUUCUCAAUGACAUCACACACAUCAUUAAAGGUGGCAAUCAAUGAUUGGUCAUGAGGCAACUUCUAGUCUUGACGUUUCUUGUCCCUGACACAAGUAUUUAGGUGUCAAUCACAUCUGACACAGUGACUGUCGUAACACAAAAAUAUUGUGUAGUCUGAAUCGGCAUUAAAGACAGCAUUGUUAGAUUGAGUAAAGAUUUGUAUGCACUGCACACUGAAGGAUUUUAAAGCAUUUGUACCAUGCUUAAAGCCCUGUUACAUGGGAUUCAUUGGGAUAUUUGGAUGUAGUGCCCAUCUGUAUGGAGUUUAUCUGCGGCAAUGAUUGUUUUCCCGGGUUUUUGUGUAGGUUUUUCUCAAGUAAUGGUCCUGACAUGGCAUUUUUCUGAACGGUUUAAUCCCACCCCCUUUCCUCUGUUCAACAUUGUGCUUUAUAAGAUGCUCACAGGAUUGGACAAACUUGUUUCAGUUGUAGUUACAGGUUGUACUAAUAAUUGUAAUCCCAAACACAAACUAAACUGACAUAUCCUUAAUUCAGUGGAGUUUCCAUGUGUUAAUGUCUAAAGUAAAAUUAUAUUUAUGAAGUUUCUGUAGUAAAAUGGGCUGAGAGACCUAUGAAUAUGGCUAGAGGUAAUGUUUUGAUAGAAAUCACAUUUUCAGUACAUUUUUAUUUCAUGUCCAUUUUCUCUUGUGACUGAACAGAAGGGCAAAAGCAGAAUUAGUUUCUGAUUAUUUGUCCAACCCUGUGUACUGUAACUCCAGUGUCCACCGAAUCACUAGAAUCAAGCUUGUCGUUCAUUUGCUGUCUUAAUUUAUUUUAUUUUUUUUGGUAAACUCUUAGAAACUUAGUUUCUAGGUCAAAUUAUGCAUAAACUCAGUGGUAAAAAAUUGUAAAUGAUCAUUGCAUCUUAAAAAUAAAAAGAUUUUUGCGUCGAAGGUAAUCAAAAUUGAAAUGUGGAUUUGAUGCUUAUUCUCAGAGGUACAGUGGACACUGUAUUUUAUGUGCUUCUCAAAUUGUUCUCUAUGGGGGAAAUAAGAUUUUUCCUGUUGUAGCAAAAAUACAGAACUUGGUUAAUUUAGUUUAAUUGUAAUUAAAUGACUAGUUAACUGCUCUAAAGAAACUUGAAUGAUUGGGUGAUAGUUUGGAGAAAAAAAAAAAACAGGCAAAAUAAAAUGUAGUGUGUUUUAAGUAGUUAACCAUGUGUAGAUGACCAUAGGUCGAGUCAUUAUUAGCCAUGAUUGAAGGAUUGUUUUGGCGACAUGAAAUUUCAAUGUUCUGUUUUUACUACUUUUUAGAUAGUCUAAAAAGAUUAGCACCUGGAUCACUUCUGCUUAUAGAAUUGAUUUACUUGAUUUUGUGCCAAAAAAAAAAAAAAAAAAUCCUCAGUUACCAUGAGUUAACCAUGUUUGAAGCCAUAAGAGGUCAUACAUGUUUUACACCCAGUGAGACAAACCAAUCAACCAAAUCAGUAUCAUAAUGCAGGAAUUAUACAAUGUAAAUUAGUCAUAUUCAAAAUUAUAAUUGUUCUUUUAUCCUCAUCUUGUUCCAAUGAAUUAAUUUCUUUUUCAUUUAACACAAAAGGGGCUAAAAUGUGGCCUAAAAAUACAAAUCUCACUCAUUCAAAUCUGCUGUUGACAAUACAGAUACUGAUUUGAAAGAAUUUGUUUGAUUUUGUCUCAGUGGGAGCCAAAAGCCAUAUAUUUUCAUAUUACUCUUAAUACAUAUUUUGCCAACUGGCUAACUCUUAUGAAUUACAGUUUUGAUGUGAGUUAUUGUGCAUCUGGUUACUUAUAAGGUUUAUAAUUUUUCAUGGAAGAAUGAAACAAUCUCAGGGAAAAAAAGGUACAAAAGCAGUCACUGGGGCAGUACCCUUUCAAAAGGUAUACCUUUGUACCUAAAGAGUGCAUAUUAGUACCUCAAAGGUACAUAUUGGUACCAAAAGUGUACAUAUUAGUACCUAAAUGAUACAUAUUAACUUUUUGGAAGUGUACUGCCCCAGUGACAGCUUUUGUACCAUUUUUUUUUCUUAGUGUAAUUGCUCUUGACGAUUAAGUAAUCAAAGUGAAAAUGAAGUAUUUGCUCGGUUGUGGUGUUGAGUACAUGUUUCAUAGUUGUGCAUGCCAAUGUCUAUACUUUUGUGUCAUCUCUUCACACUGUAUUGAUACACUGAUUCCAGGGGCUUGUCUUAAAUACAGUGUUAUGUUUUUAGCAUUUCCACUUAUCACUGACUAUGUUUACAUGUGCACCAGUAAUGUGAUUAUUUCCAAUCAUCAGAGUGCUUAUUUGCAGUAAAAGGUUUACAUGACAUGAGCAAACCUUGUGGUUAUUUUAAAUGCCAUUAUUCACUUACCCCAAUGCACAACACAAAUAAUAACCUCACACAUACAGUAGGUCAAGCUCUUCCAGCGCAAACCGAUCUGUUUGCCAGAUCUUUGGUAUCCGUCCUUGGUCAAAAACAUUGAAAUGGAGGCAUUUUCAUGCGUCACCGAAACAAAUGACUAUCAAUAUACUGCAUUAUAGGGAUACCCUCUAAUAGUCGAUUAAACGUUAGAGGCUUUAGUCGACCAAAUUUUAACUAGUCUGUUAGUUGCAGGGGGAAAACUCCACAAAAGUUUGAACAAAUGCAUAGUUUCUCAUGGAGAAAGCCACCAUGUUCUAUCACCAUGUCCCUUAAGGGGUUCUGUAGAAAACACUAGUUUAUUAAUGUUCAGACAGUCUCCUUUUUGUUUGUUUUUCAGGCACAUUCAUAAUCAUUACUUUUUAGAAAGCUUUAUGCAUUCACUUAAAGGCUUAAUUUAUAUUUAAAGGAUCAUUAUGAUUUAUUUCUCUGUAAUGUAGAACAAUGUUAGCAAAGUUACAAAAAUUCUUUAUCAGCCUUGAAACUUGAACUUGACCAUUUUUCGAUGCUAUUAAAUUAAUAUCGUAAACAUGCGACUAGUUGCCUUGUGGCUUUAAACAAAUGACUACUCAACUAGAAAAAUCUUUUAUAAAAUAAAAAAUAUAAAAAUAAGAAAUUAUUUCAUGUAUUUGUCAAUGUUGUUUCUUCAGGACCCCAAAUAUGCACAUGCACACUUAGAUCAGAGUGGAGUAGAUGCAAUUAAAGUGUUUACAUGCCUGUUUAUUGCGAUUAAAAUUGACAUAUGCCACGUUUUACUAUGAUGGUUGCAUUUGAUUGAAUUGUCUACAUGAGGUAAAUUUUAAUUGCAAUAUUGGCUAAAUCUCAUUGUAAUCUCAUUGAGGGUGCAUGUGAACUUAGUCAUUGUUCUCUCUGACUGCAGUUAAUAUACUUUUGUACCAAAUUCUGUGCUGAUGUGAAACCAAAUUACCUAUUUUACUAUAAUCGGUGUGAAAAAUAAUGCCCCUUAAGCUGAUGCUGUUAUAUAAUUUGACUUAUCGUUUGCAUGCCUGUGUAUGUCUGGGACAGUCUGAGCGUGUGUAGAUGUAGAGGGGAAAAACAGCUGUGUGUGUUUCUGGGUUCUGUGCCCCAAAACAAACUGCCACCUUCGUUUUGACACCUUUCAGCUGAACGCAAGAGGAGGAGGAGAGACGUCAGGAGCAACGUGGAAACAUCCGACAGCGUCCCGCAUCGCAGAGCGCUGGACUCCGGACACACUCUGCAGUGCUAAAGUAGAGUUCUGUAAAAUAUUAUAUACUCACUCUUAAUUCCCAACAGCUCUUUUAUUUUUUACUUUUAUUUGGAAGUAGCUGUGUGCUAAAAAGUCAGUUCAGCUUUUUGACAAAUGAUUUGCCUGCUCAUUCAAAACACAGAACAACUUUCCAACUGCUAUAAUGUUGUAAAUUGUCAGUUAGCUAGAUUUGUUUUUAUAGGAUCUUUUUUUUUUUUUUUUCUUUUUUUUUCAUGUUUCUCUCCCCCCUUUCCCCUUGUCCAUAUAAUGUUUGUAAGUGUCUUUUGCCUUGAUUAUUAAAUAGAAUCUGUGUUGUAAUAAAGUGUGUACUGGGGUUGUUGCUUGUUCAUAAUUUAGCUUUAUACCAUUGACAUUUGGGUCAAACUCCAUUUAGCCAUCCGACUUGUUCAGAAAUGCACUUUUCCAAAAUUGGUCCUACUUGACUAUCAGAAAAACAGAUUUGUUUUUUUUUGGUCUUUACUUUCUAUAAAUGCUGUGCCAUUGUGCCUUUUCCACUUUUAACCAAUUUCAAGAGGUUCCACACAAUGGUGUGAAUUUUUAAAGAGAUUAAAGAAGUUUUAUUUAUGGGUAGAUUUGUCAUAUUCCAAAUUAUUUGCCAAUUCAUGUAGGGUUUAAUUUUGUGGUUUUCUUGAUUGUAAUUGAAACUACACAACUCAAAUAUGUGAAAUGCUCUUCUAAUUUUUGUAGUCAAUUUAUUUUUAGAACAAAAUCAGUUACAAGUCAUAAAUUUUAAUACAAAACACUGAGCAUUUGUAAUGUUUCUCUGACACAGAUGUGUACACAGAUGCUUUCUGCAUAUGUUCAUAUGUUUGUGUAUAUAUAUAUAUAAGCCAUAUUGUAACUUGUCCCUUAUUCUGGUUUGAUUCUGCUAGUUUUAGAAUUUAAGCUUAAAAUUGACUUGUGCAUUGUAUGGAUUUAUCUUAAAUUCACUCAACUUGUCUGUCACUUGUAAAAAGGUUAGUUUUUAGAUCAAUUGUCUCAAUUCCUCAAUUUUCUAUAUGUAGACACUUGCGGCAAUGUUUGCCAGUGAUGUAAUAUAAUAAGCAGUGUCGAAACAAGCUUACUGCUUACUGUAAAUGUGCAAGCACUUUAUUUUCAUAAAUAGAUUUGACAGAUCCACUUGAA